AAACGAGAAAAAUAAUAAAUAUCCCAACCACUCCACGUUGAGAAAACGAGAUCUCUCCACUUUGGAUAAACAAUCAUUGAGCCACUAAUCUAUUACUCUCUCUCUCUCUAACAAGUUUUCUUGCUUUUAUGAUUCAGUUUUGAAUCAUGAAGGUUCUUUGAUCAAGAUUAUGCUAGUCUUGGAUCAAGAUUGCAAUCUUGCUUAUUACGAUGGGGAAACUCGAGCAUUUCUCCCAUUCAUGCCCUUUAACCUCGCCGGAGAUUGUAUCUGAAGGUAUCUGCAACAUUUGCUUCAAAGACCAAGUUGUUGAAUACGCAUGUAAGCCUUGCAAUUUUGAUAUAUGUAAGACUUGCUCCAAGCUGCCGCAAAAGGUGUCACAUGAUUUUCACUCAGAACAUCCUCUAGAGUUUUGUCUAUUCCAAUAUGAUCGAAAACCUGGUUACAUUGUCUGCUCUUGUUGUGGGAACAUGUCUUCUUGCUCAUUCUAUGAAUGUAAAGAAUGUGAGAUCUAUCUUGAUCUCGGUUGUGCACUACUGAAGAACAUUUCCAUAGGUUGGGACGUUAGAGAAAUGCUUCAUUACAGUCAUGAACAUUUGCUUCGAAGGUGUAGACCAGGACAAGAUGCUAGAGGCUCUUGCCUGCUUUGUGAGCUCCCUCUGUCUCCUUCUUCUAUAUGUUACGGUUGUGUUUACUGUUACUCGUUUCUCCACGAGCGCUGUCUCGAUCUUCCGACAGAGAUUCGACAUCCCGUGCAUCUAGAACACCCUCUCAGACGCCUUGAUUACAUACAAAGUGGUGGUCGAACAUUUUGUUGUGCGUGUAGGGAGAAGAUUGACAGUGUCCCCUUUGGCUGCCUAGAAUGCGGUUUUUACAUUCACAUGAGGUGUGCAGAUUAUUUUUUGCGCUGUCUGAUGCAUGAAUCUCAUGAACAUAAGUUGUUUUAUGUAUCUUCGAAUGCUAAAGAACAUUUUGGAAGAACAAAUUGUUGCCAAAUAUGCUUGAGAGCUGUAGUGAGCUCUCUCGAUUCUUACUACCACUGCAUCGAAUGUGAAUUGGAGUUUCAUUUCGAAUGCCUUGGGAUAUCCAAGACCAUUUUAAAGAGAUCUUGUCACAUUCAUCCACUUGUUUGUAAAAGAGUAUGUGGAGAGGAUGAUUCUUUGGAGUAUUGUGGCGUUUGCGAGACAUUGAUACAUGCCGGGCAUCAUGUUUAUUCGUGCGAAGAAUGUGAUUUUCUCGGUCACAUUGAAUGCAUUCUACGCGAGAAAGAGCCAUCACCAUUGUACUUGAAAGAUCUGUAUUCUUGUGUUGAAGACGUCAAAAGAGCAACAAAUCAAGAAGACUAUGAAACCAACAAACUUGUGGUUAAUGAUAUCAACCAUAAUCAUGUGAUGACAUCGAUUGAUAUGUGUGAGCUAGAAGACAAAGAACAUUGUCACAUAUGUGAAAAAGAAAUACUUGGUAAUCCAUGGAAAUGCGAGACUUGCAACUUUGUGACACAUAACUUCUGUGUGGAGCUAGGGAAACCAUCAAGACAUCGGUUUCAUUGGAACCAUCUUUUGACACUCAUGCCAAAACCACUUGCUACGGAUAUGAUGAGUUGUAAAAGCUGCAGAGAGGAUAUAAAAGGGUUCAAUCUAUUUUGUCGAAUAUGCAAUUUUAUCAUCCACGUCAGUUGCGCCAUGAAAGGUAAACGUUUUCUUGGAAUGUUAGGGCCGAAAGUCGUUGGAACUUGGAGAGGACGUUGUUUGGGAGGCAAGCAUAGGAUGGUUCAAGUUAUGUUCCCGAGAUCAUAUCAAAAAGUUUGUAUUAUAUGUCAUGAGAGAGUGUUUGGGAAAGCUGUGUCAUGUAUGGAGUGUGAAACAGUUUAUCAUCUUCCGUGUAUUGACCGACAUCGUAUCAAAGACCGUGAUUCUUCGUAGUUAGGUUGUGCCUCCGCUGAAACAAAGUGCUGCAACUUCU